AUGGAUAAUUUAAAGAAGAUAGCAGCUUAUAAAGCUGUAGAUGAUUAUGUUCACUCAAAUAUGACUAUAGGAUUGGGUACUGGUACAACAGUUUUUUACGUUCUUGAGAGAAUUGAAAAUUUAAUAAAAAGUGGGAAGAUAAAAGAUGUAAUAUGUAUUCCUACAAGUAUUGACACUGAAAUAAAGGCAAAAAAUUUGGGGAUACCAUUAACAACACUGAACAAAAAUUCGAAAAUUGAUAUAGCUAUUGAUGGAACAGAUGAAAUAGAUUUAAAUUUAAAUUUAAUAAAAGGAAGAGGGGGAGCUCUCGUUCGUGAGAAGUUAGUUGCAAUUAGUGCAUCCUUUUUUAUAAUUAUCGGAGAUGAAUCAAAAUUGUGUAUUAAUGGAUUAGGCACAACAGGAGCAGUUCCCAUAGAAAUCUUAACGUUUGGUUAUGAAAAAACUAUUGAAAAUUUAUUAAAAAUUUCAACACUUCGAAACUGCACUUAUAAAUUAAGAGAAAAAAAUGGAGAACUUUUUGUAACAGACAACAAAAAUUAUAUAGUUGAUUUUUUUUUUACUGAUCCAAUAGAAGAUUUAUUAGAAACUUGCAAACAAAUUAAAAUGACAAUUGGUGUUGUUGAUCAUGGCAUUUUUAUUAACAUGGCCAACGUUGCUUUAAUAAGUAAAUAUGAUGGAACAGUUUUAACAUUAAAUAAAAAAUGA